AUGGUCAAGAUCGGUUGGAACCUCCCGAUAGAUCUACGAGAGAACAUUAUCAAAGUUUUACAGAAGUUCAAAAAUAUCUUCGCUUGGGGACCGGAGGACAUGCCUGGUGUCGACCGGUCGGUCAUAUGUCACCGAUUAUCCAUCCAACCGGGUUUCAAACCGGUUAAGCAAAAGAAGAGACACUUGUCAAGUGAAAGAAGAGAGUUCGUGAAGAAGGAGACCGCCACCCUCUUGACGGUCGGGCACAUCAGAGAGGUCCUCUACCCGGUGUGGUUGGCCAAUGUAGUCUUGGCACCUAAACCACCUACAUGGAGAAUGUGCGUAAACUACACUGAUUUAAACAAGGCAUGCCCGAAGGAUCCAUACCCCUUACCAAAUCCCGACCAGAUGGUUGAUGAGACGGCCGGGUGUGAGCUGUUAAGUUUCAUGGAUGCCUUCAAAGGUUACUAUCAAAUUUUCACGAGCAAAGAAGACGAAGAGAAGACUGCUUUCAUAACCCCAGAUGGAGUAUUUUGUUACGUGGUGAUGGCGUUCGGUCUACGAAACUCUGGAGCCACCUACCAAAGGAUGGUGAACAAGUUAUUCAAAGGAUUGCUCGGGUCGACCAUAGAGGCGUAUGUGGACGACAUGCUCGUCAAGAGCCGAUCGAAAGAAACUCAUCCUACCGACCUGGCCCGGGCAUUCAAGGUGAUGGAAACCUUCAACCUGCGUUUGAACCCAACGUUCGACGACCUGAAGGCCUACUUGAGCUCAUCACCAGUUUUGUCCAAGCCGGAGAAAGAUGAGGCACUUUUCAUCUACUUAGCGGUGUCCGACCGGGCGGUCAGUUCAGUGCUCGUACGGGAGGAAACAAAGGGAGUCCAGAAGCCGAUCUACUAUGUCAGUAAGGCUCUCCAAAGACUAGAGCUGCGAUACACCAAGUUUGAGAAGACCGCAUUUGCACUCUGGGUGACCGCUUGGAAACUUGCAGCCUACUUUCAGGCUCAUCCGGUGGUAGUCUUGACCGACCAACCACUUGGAACGAUUCUCAGAAAUCCAACAUCGUCGGGGCGGCUGAUCAAAUGGGCCAUGAUGCUUACCCAGUCGUCGGGGCGGCUGAUCAAAUGGGCCAUGAUGCUUACCCAGUUUGCGAUUGAGUAUAAGCCGCGCCCUAUGAUGCUUACCCAGUUUGCGAUUGAGUAUAAGCCGCGCCCUGCCAUCAAAGCCCAAGCGUUGGCGGACUUCAUUGUUGAGUGUACCGCGCGGGACCCGGAGCCGGACCAACCGACCGCCCUAGAGGAACCAUGGUGGGAAGCUUCUACUGACGGGUCGUCCAACAAGAAAGGAUGCGGAGGAGGAAUCGUACUCACAUCUCCUGAAGGUUUCAAAAUUUAUCAAGCUUUGAUCUCUAAGUUUCGACCCACCAACAACGAAGCAGAGUACGAAGCACUCUUAGGCGGAAUACGGUUGGCUAAGCAGAUGAAGGCCGACCGACUGAGGUUACGGUCGGAUUCCCGGUUGGUGAUCGGUCAACUAUCUGGAACGAUCGAAGCUGUUGGAUAUGGUACUAUGGCCCAUAAAGAUAUGAGGCCCAAAAUAUAUGGUUAUCCAGAUCAUACAUGA